CAUUCUUAAGCUGUGCCGACCUUAAAGAGAGGACGUCCAUUUCUUCCCGGAGAGGCGAAAUGGCGGAAGCGAUGCCGUCGAGGAGGCUGCUAAGGAAGGUCUGGCGCGUCGCCGCGGUGUUCUUCCGGGGAGAUCGCAAGCGCAAGGCCUACUGGCUGCUAUCGAUCGUGCUCCUCCUCUGCGCGAUCUGUGCAGGGGUGAUGGUGUCGAUUUCCUACAUCCAGCGGGAUCUUUCCACGGCGGUGUCAAACAAAGACGUCGCUGGAUUCCACAAGGCUCUCUGGAAAUUUAUCGGUGUUGUUGUGGUGGCCACUCCUCUUCUAGCGUUCUACAAGUAUAGCCAGGAGCUUCUAGCGGUCGAGUGGCGGGUCUGGCUUUCAAAUUUGCUGCUGACAAGCUAUUUCACGAAUAGAGCCUACUUUGACCUCAAGAUGGAAGGCAAAGUCGACAAUCCGGAUCAACGAAUUUGCGAAGAUGUAUCCAACUUUGUUCUCAAUGCGGUCGAUAUCCUCGCAAUUAUUGCCAGCAAGUGUUUGAAUGUCUGCGCGUUUACUGGAGUUUUAUGGUUUAUUGCUCCAGAACUCGUGUAUUUCUUGCUUGCGUAUUCCAUCGUUGGAACAUAUGUCACUGUUCGAUUUUUUGGAGCGAAGAUCAUGCAUCUAAAGUAUCAGAACUUACAAAAAGAAGCUGAUUUUCGUUACUCCAUGGUUCGUGUACGAGAAAACGCUGAAAGUAUCGCUUUUUACAGGGGCGAGGGUCACGAAGUAGCUUCCGUGAAGGCAUUUCUAGCUUCUCUUGUUGGAAACAUGCGAGAACUUAUAGCAUGGGACAGACACCUAUCGUUGUUCAGUAAUGCUUAUGAGUUCUCGAUUUUUAUUGUUCCUUACCUGAUCAUUGCUCCAAAGUUUUUCUCCGGCCAGGUGGAAUUUGGAGUUAUAUCUCAAACUGCCAUGGCCUUCCACAAGAUCUUAACGUCCAUGUCCUUUAUUAUUUUGAAGUUCGAUCGCUUCAGUGGGCUCGCAGCACAAACAGAACGGUUGGACACCUUAUUCAUUGCACUCGGUAUCCAUGACCAGCUGUUUGGAAGCUACAGAAGACAAUCGAGCAAGCGCGCUAUAGAGCUGCACGUCGAAGACGAUACUGAUGGUCAUCCUUUGCUGAACUUAGCGGACAGCCAAGCUCCAAUUUCUGGUUCCAUAACUCGUGAAGAAGGGGAAGGCCUUGUUGUUCGCGGUCUUUCAGUGACGACUCCAAAUCUUCGCACCCAACUUAUCCACAAUCUAUCAUUCGAGCUACUUCCUGGGGAGUCAUUACUGGUUUUGGGGCCUUCAGGCUGUGGAAAAUCCUCGUUCCUCCGAGUGAUAGCAGGCCUAUGGAGCAAAGGCGCCGGUAUCAUCCAGGUGCCUCUACAGAAGACAAUAUUUCUGCCACAGAAGCCUUACAUGCCUCUGGGAACUCUCCGACAACAGCUAUUAUUUCCGGCACUGUCAUCAGAGUACUUUUCGGAUGCAGAACUUUUCAAGGUGCUUGAGGAAGUGAGCCUGGAAGAUCUAAUACAAAGAGUCGGAGGCCUGGACUCAGUGUGUGACUGGUCAGACGUGCUCAGCUCUGGAGAGCAGCAAAGAGUGGCAUUUGCACGGCUGCUUCUACACGAGCCUCAGAUGGCAUUUCUCGACGAGGCAACGAGCGCACUUGACAUGACGAAUGAAUCGAAGCUUUACGCACUGCUCCAACGCAAGAUCAAAUCGUAUGUUUCGGUGGGGCACAGGAUUUCAUUAAUUAAGUAUCACUCCAGAGUUUUGGAGUUCAAAGGCAGCUCCGGCUGGAAGCUAUACACUCAAAAAGAAUUCCAAGUACACAUAUAGGGAAAACAAUCAACAAGAACAGUCUCUAAGAACAUAUGCCCAUCAAGUCAAGGAACGCAAGUGUUCGGGGGAGUCAUCUGCAGCUGCGAGCUAUACUUGAAAAUCGUAUCCUUGAUUUUCGACACAGAUGCAAGAUCCUGGUUCAGAGCUGCUGCUAAUGCUCGCGCGGGGACAUUAAACAGCGCUCCUCCACUCGUCUGUGUUCCAGGAUUCUGUGAGUUCAAAGCCGAGAUGUAAAACGCUUGUUCUGUUCCGACAUUGACCUCGAAGUGGAGCAUUCCUCGAGGGAAGAUCGUAACAUCUCCAGGAUGCAACACGUUGAUAUGAGGUUUCCCUGCAGUCGAAAAACUCCGUUCGAUCACUCGAAUCGCCCCUCAACAACGUCUUACCUUCAGUGUCUACAAAACCAACUUGGAGCGGCCCUCCAGACACCAUGGGAGUCAUGUUGAAGUGGACAUAAGUGAGUCCCUGGGAGCUGCAAGGAGUUUAGGAGCCGGGAAGAUCUUGGUCGAGAGCCCUGCUCGAACUCCGCCGGGUCCAUUGGAGACGUCGCCAUUUUUAAAGACAUCACGAACCACGAACUUGGACGAGUCCGGCGAUUGCUGCUGCUGCGGCUUGGGGUAGUGAUACGGGAAGUUAUUCUCUGCGGUGGACGACGCAAAAUCGGUGAGUGGAUCCGGAUCGGCAGCUCCCGCAAAGCUCGCGAGAGUGACGAGAAGAAUCAUCAUCGACAUGACGAAGGCUCUUACUUCAGCCAUGGAGAGAGGGAGGGAGUGAUGGAAGCAAAGAAGGAAUUUAACUGGAGUCAUGGAGCUAAGACAAUGGUGGAGUAUAUAAAUGGUUUUGUGGAUGAGAGGAUCAAUCGUUUUCUCAGUCCAGCCCAGACACCACUCUAGUGUUUGUUUGAUGCGAAAAAUCCAAUUAUGCU